UUUAGAUAUAGACUGAUUAGAGAACCGGAUUUUAUAAUGGUAUCGCAGAUCGUUUCUGUGCACAAUUCUAACUUAUGGGGUUUUUUCUGAUACUUGAAGAAAUAUAAGGCGGAAACUGUAAUAUUGAGGAAAUUGACAAUUUCUGACGGGAAAAUUAGAUAAAAUGUUGCAGGCAGGCGUGGGAAGAGAGAAGAGCAAAGCCCUAAAAUUUCUUCGGUGAGAGAAACAUGUCGACGAGGCGAGAAAGCAGAGAUUCAGACCCUAGACGUCACCGUUCUAGAAUCGAUCGCGAACCCAGCCCUAAGAGAUCAAGAAGAGAUGGCAAACCUGAAGCUGAACGAGUUCUGAGUAAGAAGGAUUUGGAUGUUAGAGAUGGUACUGACACUGAGAAAAACUCACGUCAGUCUUUGAGAGAUGCUCCAUUGGAACUUGAUGCUCAUGGUUCGAGAAAAGACAGUGAGAAGAAGCACUCUGGACAUCAUGAGACCACCAAAGCAGCUCCCCAUCUGUCACAAGUACCUCGUUCUAGACCAUAUUCUCAGCAUGAUGAUCGUCGUAGUGAUGGAAAAGUUGAUAGAAGACCAACUUCUGUGAGAGGAUCGUGGAGAAGUUCAAGAGAUCAGAGUAACCGAAGAGCUGGAGAUGAUGAGAAGUCACAGCAUCGUAAAGACGAAGACAAAAGCUCAUGGCGACAUGAUAGGUUCCGUGAGAGUGAUGACACCCAAGGAGCACUCUCUAGGAAACGACCAGCCUUCAGGGAGAAGAAGAUUGCAGAGGAAACUGGGAACAACACAGACAGAACAAGAACUGAGGAUGGAAAAGACACUAAUCUAAACAAUCGCAGACAGAACGAGAGGAACUGGAGGAGCAAUACGCAUUCAGAAAGACAUGAGAGACCAGCAAUGGGAAGAGACAGAGUGUGGAACAGAGAUGAUGAAAGAGGCGCGGGAAGCAGACAGAGUUAUCAAGCUGAUAGAGACAGAUUCAACGGCAAUGGGCGAAGUGGGUUUAGCGGAAGCUGGACAAGGAAUGAGAAGAAAUGGGACCAUGACUUGUUCGAUGAGGCGAACAAGAGUCCAGCUAAAGCCACCGAGGAAGAACAGAUAGCUAAAGUUGAAGCUUUGUUGGCUUCUUGAAGCUGCUUAUGUCAUGGUUUUUGGUAUGUAUUCACCUCUACUAUUAGAAUGCCUGAGUUUGCAAGUGUAGAAGAUGAUUUCUGAGUUUAUACAUAUAAUGAAACUCUCCUCUUUUUUUCCAAGAAAGCUGCAUCGGUUUAAACUUCAUAGAUAUUACACUCUAAACCGGACUUUUC